GAGGAGACUAUAAAAAUUGAUUAAUCUCUCAUUUUAAUCACACACUCCUGAAUCAUCAUCGUCUUCAUUCGCUCCGGUCGUCGUCUACCUCCACACUCCGACUUGGUUGAGAAGAAGAAAGAAGAGAUGGCAGGACACAAGGUUGCACAUGCGACAUUGAAAGGGCCUAGCGUUGUCAAGGAGUUAGUUAUCGGUUUGGCACUCGGUUUAGCUGCUGGUGGUCUUUGGAAGAUGCACCAUUGGAACGAACAGAGGAAAACCAGAACUUUCUAUGACUUGCUUGAGAGAGGUGAGAUCAGUGUUGUAGCUGCUGAAGAGUAAUUAAGCCGCUCAAAACCUGGUUCCUCAAGACUCUGUUUUAUUUCCAUUUCUGUUUGUUUUUAUUUUUGGUUGGGUUUCUUAAAAAAUAAACAAACAAAUCUGAGAAUGGGAUUUGUCAGGUAUAAACAAAGUUUAAUUCAAAUGUGAUGUUCAUUCAGACACAAUCUCUCUUGUUUUGUUUCACGGUCUGAGAAAUUACAAAAGGUGAAUAUUGAUGCAAGUAUUGCACUUGAAAGAGCGUUUCCA